UAGCUUGAUCAGUGCUGGCUCAGCCUACGACAUGCAAUCUUCAUCUGGAAGCAACCCAUCACAGGUUGCUGCAAGGAACUGUCGAAGGUUGCAGCGAGAACUGGCGGAUCUCAUCACUGGCGGGAUCUUCCACGUUGAGGAAGGAGCAGCAGGGAGCACGCGGUGGGUUGUGAAGAUCCGUGGAGCAGAAGGCACAUUCUAUCAUGGCGAAGUUUUCAGACUGCAAUUCGUUUUCCCUCCUGAGUACCCCAUCGAAGCCCCAGAAGUCGUUUUCCUACAUCCAGCUCCUAUCCAUCCCCAUAUUUACAGCAACGGCCAUAUCUGUCUCUCAAUUCUUUACGAUGGCGGCUGGUCUCCGGCGCUGAAGGUCGAAUCAGUUUGCCUGAGUAUCCUUUCCAUGCUGUCGAGUGCAGAAGCAAAGCGACCUCCUGAGGACAAUGACAACUAUGUCAGGACGUGCAGCUCCUCGCCCAAGAAGACUCGUUGGGUCUUCCAUGACAACAAAGCAUGAUGCUACCGUACUUACUUCGAUCGUCCUGAUGUUACCAAACUCGAAGCUGCGGAUCAUACAGAGCAACGGAAUUGUAUGGAGGAUUGCAGGACAACUCUAGCUUUACAGUGUAAAUACUUGUUUUUGUGUGAAGUUUGUCUAGAGAUG